AGUUGGUAACACUGCUCUCGCUGUCGCAGGUCGCGGAUUCUUCGUUCGGCUUCGUGUAGUUGGCGUAUUUUUUUCUUCACAUGUAUGCCUUUUAUCCGUUAUUCUCGAUUAUUCUUUCCAAUAAGAUUUCGACGCAUUCUGAUAAGAAAAUGAUCUAUCAAUAUAAAAUCUAUGCGAAGUGACUCCACUGAGAUUUUGCCUCGCUCACGACAUGCAACGUUUCAUCUCUUUCACAGACGUCGCAAAAAUCGAACAUGCAAUUCGUGUUCACUACAAAAUGUGAUUUGGUGAAGGUCAUUUAAUAAUUCGUGCGUGUUUAGAUCGUCGUUGCCAAACUCAAGUCUCCGCGAGUAGUUUUCCUCUCGUCGCGCCUCACGCCGCGCGGCUGCAGUCGGCGAGCGAGAACGCGAAGCGCGCACCCGUACAUUUACGUAACAGCCUUCAUUUGCUAUUAGUUCUACUUCUAUACUAUAGGAUUUCAUCGAUCUCGGACUCGCAAUUGUCCCCGAUUCAGAUUCGAAACGAACGACGUGCUUCGCUCUGCACUGAAAUAAACGAGUGACGAGAUGAUUUCUGCGAUCUGCUCCCGGACGGCGCUGCGGGCGCGCUCGCUGGAGCGCUGCGCGUCGAGCGUCGUGGAGCUGCCGAAGUUCGACGACUUCGAUGUGAAGAACGAGCCCGUGCUCGGCUACCGCGCCGGCAGCAGCGAGCGCGCCGAGCUGCAGAGCGAGCUCGAGCGCACCGCCGCCGUCACCGAGGAGGUGCCCAUCGUCAUCGGCGACCAGAACAUCAAGGAGGGCGAGCCGCAGUACCAGGUGAUGCCGCACGACCACGGCCGCAAGCUCGCCAAGUACUACUACGCGGGCGAGAAGACCAUCCAGAAGGCGAUCCAGGUGUCGGUGGAGGCGCAGCGGCGCUGGGACCGCACGCCGCUGGAGGAGCGCGUGCGCGUGUGGCAUCGCGCCGCCGACCUCAUGGCGGGCGAGCACCGCCAGCGCCUCAACGCCGCCACCAUGCUGGGCCAGUCCAAGACCGCCGUGCAGGCGGAGAUCGACUCCGCCGCCGAGCUCAUCGACUUCAUCCGCUUCAACGUCUUCUUCCUGAAGGAGAACGCCAAGUAUCAGCCCAUCUCCGAGGAGCCGGCCGUCACCAGGAACUCGCUGAGAUUCCGCGGGCUGGACGGCUUCAUCGCCGCCAUCAGUCCAUUCAACUUCACCGCCAUCGGAGGCAACCUGGCGUACACGCCCGCGCUCAUGGGCAACGGCGUGCUGUGGAAGCCCUCGGACACGGCGCUGCUCUCCAACUGGCGCAUCUUCAACAUCAUGCGCGAGGCAGGCGUGCCGGCCGGCGUCGUCAACUUCGUGCCGGCCGACGGACCCACGUUCGGCCGCACCAUCACCUCGUCGCCUUUCUUGGCCGGAGUCAACUUCACAGGGUCCGUGCCCACCUUUAACUGGCUGUGGAAUGAGGUCGGCAAGAAUCUCAGUCGCUACCGAAACUACCCUAGAUUAAUUGGAGAAUGUGGGGGUAAAAACUAUCACUUUGUCCAUCCUUCGGCAGAUGUCCAAACAGUUGUGACUUCUACAAUUAGAUCAGCUUUUGAAUACUGUGGGCAAAAAUGUUCAGCUUGCUCAAGAAUGUAUAUACCGAGAUCCCUUUAUGAACCCAUAAAGCAGGGUCUGUUGGAAGAGCGGUCCAAACUGAAAAUCGGUGACCCCACAGACUUCAAAGUUUUCACAGGUGCUGUCAUAGAUGACAAAGCCUUCACUCGAAUCACAACUUACAUCAAAAAUGCAAAGAACAAUCCCAAAAACAAAAUUCUGGGAGGUGGAGAAUUUGACGGCAGCAAAGGCUACUUCGUGCAACCCACUAUCAUUGAGACUGCCGACCCACAUGACAAGUUGAUGAUUGAAGAAAUAUUCGGGCCGGUGCUCACUAUUUACGUGUAUGGAGAUAAGGAUCUCAGCAAGGCAUUAGAUCUCGUUGGUACAUCAACAAAGUUUGCAUUAACUGGUGCAGUGUAUGCAUCUGAUCGCAAGUUCCUAGACACAGCUCUCGAGGAGCUGAAGAUGACAGCGGGUAACUUCUAUAUAAAUGACAAGUCCACAGGCUCCGUGGUGGGGCAGCAGCCGUUCGGCGGCGGCCGCAUGUCCGGCACCAACGACAAGGCGGGCGGGCCCAACUAUGUCAUGCGCUGGACCACGCCCCAGUCCAUCAAGGAAACAUUUGUCCCUCUCCGUGACAUUGAUUAUCCGUACAUGAGAGAUUAAAUUAUGAGUGAGAGCAUCUAUAACGCUCAUUACUAAUAUAAAUAAAUGAUCAGUACAAUAAUAAUAAUAAUUACUAAUCAAGUUACACAAGCUUUCCAAUGUAGGAUUAUUCUUGGAACCCUAAAUUAAAUUACUAGAUAAUAACAAUAAUAUGUAAUAAUACAAUUAGAUUAUUUAUAAUAAUAAUAUGUAACUAAAGAACGAGUAUCUCAUAUCAGUGUUUAAAUGGAAUAAUUGUUUCAAAAACUUGCAAUGGAGCAAGGUGAAGAUAGCAAAUCAUUUAGAUUCUAAUUAAUUGUUUCAAUAAUUAGAUUAUAAUUAUAUUGUUAUGCCUUACCAAUCAAUAAUUCCUGUUAGAAGUAGAUGCAGAGCAACAAUUGUGAUAUAUUUGAUUGAAAUGUAAUUUAUAUAAUUGUGUUAUAAUUAGUUGAAUGUAGCUCGCUCACCAGCAGACAGCAGUCGCACUGGCUUAUCUUAGUUUAUACUAUUUGCUUAUGUUAUCACUUAUCAGUGAGAGUUGGCCUCCCACCAUUAUCAGCGGCCGUCCUCCGCUGCUCUCUUUAAACUUUAAAUUAAUGCAUUUAUGCAAAUUAGGUACAUGUCUAAACAGUCUACUGGUUGUAGUUUUUGUAUAUUUUGUUGAUCUUCCUAUUUAAGUAAAUCUAUUUCUUAACUAAUUUCAAAGUUUUAUUUACUAACUAUUAAGUUCUUUGUAUUAUAGAUAAGAAGAUGUUAUUUAUUUUGUUUGCUUACAAAUUUAAGUCAAUAAAAAUAUUUCUGCUCAA